UGUAGUCCAACCAAAAGUAGCUGACGGGCUCCCUUGUUUGUAUGUCCCCCACUCCCGGCGACCGCGAGCCUCUCGUCCACUCCCGACACCGAGCCGAAAGCCGCGUGGAUUCGCCGCCCGAUCCAGCGAUGGAUUCAGCCUCCAGAGUUGCCCCGCCGCCGGUCAGCGCUGGUGUCCGCGUCCGCGCGCCGCUGUCCUCCGGGAAAUUACCUUCUGUCGUCCAACUAUUCUAAAGAAUCCAUGGUAGAAGAGGCCACUCCAUUGUCAAGCUCCUCCAGUAUGGGGACUUGAAGCCAUGGCGUGGUGAAGGGAAAGUGCAAAGGAGGUGGGUUUGCAGCAGGGAUGAGAAUACUAGAGAGGAGAACAGAAAGAAGAGGUAGAGUCCGUCUCCUGUUACUGCAGAUUAGAUACAGGCCUUAAAACUGUCGUGGAUGCUAGAAAAUUUGCUUCUGGAGCAAAGAUGUGCAUGCAACCUGAUGUCAAACAAACCAAGCGCAAGUCAAGGGGCUCGCGGAAGGAGAGGUGCCGAGCUCAAGCACCACUUUUGCCUGGCCUUCCUGAUGAUCUUGCAAUUGCCUGUCUUAUACGGGUUCCACGAGUGGAACACCCCAAUCUCCGGACAGUUUGUAAAAGAUGGAACCGCCUUUUGUCAGGAAAUUACUAUUAUUCCUUGCGCAAGAAACUCAGCAUGGCAGAAGAAUGGGUUUAUGUCUUUAAAAGGGAUCGUGAGGGGAAAAUAUCCUGGCAUGCCUUCGAUCCACUGAACCAGCUCUGGAAGUCCCUUCCACCUGUUCCACCAGAGUAUUCAGAAGCGUUGGGUUUUGGCUGUGCUGUUCUGAGUGGUUGCUAUCUGUACUUAUUUGGCGGUAAGGAUCCUUUGAGGGGCUCUAUGAGACGUGUUGUAUUUUACAAUGCCCGGACCAACAAAUGGCAUCGAGCUCCAGAUAUGUUACGAAAGCGACACUUUUUUGGUUCCUGUGUUAUAAACAAUUGUCUAUAUGUUGCUGGUGGAGAGUGUGAAGGCAUACAAAGGACUCUUCAGUCUGCUGAAGUUUAUGACCCUAAUAGGAACAGAUGGGUCUGCAUCCCUGAGAUGAACAACGGGAUGGUGCCUUUCAUCGGAGUUGUAUAUGAUGACAAGUGGUUCCUAAAAGGGCUUGACUCCCAUCGCCAAGUGACAUGUGAAGUGUACCUACCGUCAUCCAAUUUGUGGUCAACCAUUGAUGAUGAAAUGGUUACAGGUUGGCGAAACCCAAGCAUUUCCUUCAAUGGACGUCUCUAUUCAUCUGAUUGCCGGGAUGGCUGCAAGCUUAGAGUCUAUGAUGCAAACACAGGAACAUGGGCACGAUUCAUAGACAGCAGGCACCAUCUAGGCAGCUCACGAGCCUUCGAAGCCGCAGGCUUGGUGUCUUUAAAUGGUAAGCUUUGCAUUAUUCGCAACAACAUGAGCAUCACUCUUGUUGAUAUCUUGGAUCCAACAAUGAGUAUCGAGACCGACAGUGCAUGCAUGUGGAAAACUGUUGCGCGUAAGGGUCAGCACAAGUCAUUUGUGGCAAACUUGUGGUCGACCAUUGCAGGACGUAACCUGAAGAGUCACAUAAUCCAUUGUCAGGUGCUGCAAAUUUGAGUUCAGCUGUUGCGAAUCGGGACAUGAUGAAAUCAGCGAAACAACACCUCCAUUACAAGAUCAAAUGCUCACCGCCUGAACAAAUCUUUGUACAUUUGAUUACUAGAAGCUGCAAUUCAAGAUUCUGGCAAUAUCAUGAGCUCUCUAUAUAUAUUAAUGAAUUUUGAAGUUCAUAUGGGUUAUAUGUAUCGGAAACUAAACAAGCUUAUUUGUGUAGAAAAAUAAGAAUAAACCCUGAUGCAUGCAACCAUAUUUAUCAAAA